AACUCAAACGGCGUGGAUAAUUUUAAGCAAGUUGCAUUCACGGCUCAGUCUAUUUACCCAUUUGUUUUAAACAGGUGAUCCAGAGUAGGAGAGGGGUCGUUUGAAGACGAACUUUCAAGUGAACAAUCUCUUUCAAUUUGUAUGUUUCAACUUGAAAAUAAGGUUAAAAAUACUGGAGACUAGACCCUAGGGCGUGCAGAAAGCUUCACAGAGGCAUUAGGAAGCUUAUUUGGUUGCAAUGGAAGCACUACAGGAGGUAACUGCUAUGGAGAUGACUGUUAGCAUCUAAGGAGGCGGAGGCGGAUGGAAUCAAUGCAUUCAGAAAUUAUGCAUUCAGUUACAGUUAUCUAUACUUAAGGGUGCAAGGAAUGUUUUCAGCCAUUUCAGUAAUCACUAAUUUGCUUUUCAGCAAUUCUGGCAAUUGCAAAACUGUUGGACGGUGAAUUUUGCAUGUUUUCAGGCGUGAGACAGGUUUGACACUAAAGAAGAGAAGUGUGUCCUGAAUGGAGCCAGAAUUAUAUGCAGCGGUUGCAUCAGGCGAUGUGAAGUUGCUUACAAAGUUGGAAGGUAGGUGCAACAUUCUCCAAGAGGUUACGCCCACAGGAGAUACGGCACUUCACUUGGCAGCAUAUCAUGGCCAUGUGAAUGUUGUGAACAAGCUGCUUCAGCUGAUGAAUGGUGCAGGUAACCAAGCAAUUCGUGGAUAUCUAAGGGUUAAAAAUGAAAAAGGUAACACCGCCUUUCACGAAGCUGCAAUUGGAGGUCAUCGCCAAGUAAUCGAGGUUUUAUUGGAACGUGAUCGCCCUCCGCAAAGUGAAAUUGAGCUGCAAAAUAUCAUCAGCGAUACAAGAGAUACUCCGCAUAGUAUUGUCAAUGAUGCUGGUGAUACUGAUCUGCAAAAUGUCAUCAAUGAUGGCGGUGAAAUCACCGAUGCCAGUGAAGCUGACCCACAAAAAAUCAUCAGUGAUGCCGCUGAAACUGAUCUGCCAAAUAUCACCAAUGUUGUCGGUGAGACUGCGUUGUUCAAAGCUGUUGAGGAAGGUCAUGAGAAAAUCGUUGCAGAACUUUUGCCUUUAACACUUCCACAGCACUACUGGAGGACAGAUGGCCAAACGCUUGUGCACUGUGCGGUAUAUCGUAGACGCAAAGAAGUGCUCAAGAAGCUCAUCGCUGCUAAGCCGGACCUUCUUAAACAAGCUGACUAUUUACGCAGAACACCCCUACAUUAUGCUGCCUGUCUUAAAGGUAUAUCACAUAUUGCAAAAAUUAUUUUAGAGAAAGACACGUCUUCCUGUUAUACAGUGGACAACAAUCACCAAUCAGCGCUUCAUCUAGCAGUCAAAGAAGGCAACGUUGAUUUAGUGAGAGAGAUAUUAAAAUAUGCCAAAGACUGCAUAGUAAUUGGAGACAACGAGGGAAGAAAUGCUUUUCACCUGGUGAUUGAAAAUGCAGUACAAAUUUUUGACAAAAUUGGGAGACGCAUAAAAACCUUGAUGUUCUUGGUGAUAUCAAAGAGGCUGAUCAAUGAAGCUGACAACCGAGGGAAGACGCCAUUGGACAUAGCGCUGGACAACAUGGACACAGACGAACGCCUUUUCGAAGGAAUUAUAUGGCUGCUAAAAAUAAAUGGUGCACAUAGUACACCGAAAGAGACACAUGACACAAGUGAGCACUCCUUCAUGACUAAACAAUCAAUGUGGAAAGCCCAAAUUAUUUCAGUAAAUGCAGUGUUGAUUGCAGCAACAGCUUUUCAUGCAGCUUUCACUCUCCUAAAGGAACACAAAGAAUAUAUGUCAUAUGAUGCUUUGUUGCUUUUCAUGCAGCUUUCACUCUCCUAAAGGAACACAAAGAAUAUAUGUCAUAUGAUGCUUCAGUACAGUUUACACUGAUUUGUGUUGCAUUAGCAUUUUGUAGCUCAAUUUCAUCAGCAGUUUUGAUAAUGUAUGCACUUUAUGGUAAACAAGAAGACCCCCUUCUCCUUGAUAGCUCUCUCACUGCAUUAUGGAUUGCUUUAAUAUCUUUGUUGCUAGCAUUUGGAGGAUACAUCUUUGUGGCGGUGUCACCAGACCAUAUAGUUGUAGCAACCAUUAUUUUGAAUAUGGUGAUAAUUGUUCAAAUCUGGAUAAGAAUAAUGAUUCUUUGUUCCAAGAAAUACAUCUUCAAAGAAGACAAAAGCUACCUUUGGACUCUCCUAAUACUAUUUG